CUUGAGUGAACCCACCCCUCGUGUCACCGCGUGCGUGCGCGUGUUUAUGAGGGUGUGUCUGCUCAUAUAAACGCUUGAGUCGCUCACUCCGGUGAUUCACGCGCUGCGGCUGAACUCGUGCAUCGGAAGAAUCGCAACAUCACCUGUGAGGAUAUGGAGUCUGUUUCUGCAGCGAACACGCACUUUUCCCUCAAUGUGUUUCAGAAGAUCAGUGAGGGAAACCUGUCAGCGAACGUCUUUUAUUCUCCUCUGAGUCUCUCUGCGGCUCUUUCGAUGCUGUCGCUCGGUGCAGCAGGAAACACAGCAGCGCAGAUGUGUCAGACUUUGCAUUUUGGCAAUGCAGACGCUGAUGUUCAUGUUGGUUUCAGCAAGCUCACGAGUGAACUGAAUAAAGCAGAAUCUCCCUAUACUCUGAGUCUCGCCAGUCGUCUGUAUGGAGAGCAGUCCUACCAGUUUGUUGAGACAUUUCUUAGUGACACAAAACGACACUAUCAGGCUGGACUGGAGACUGUGGACUUCAUAAAAAACGCAGAAGCUGCACGUGUCAACAUCAACGACUGGGUGGAGAAAAACACUCGAGAAAAGAUUAAGAAUCUGCUGGGUGAGGGAGACGUGGAUGCUCUGUCCAGACUGGUGCUUGUCAAUGCCAUUUACUUCAAGGGCAGCUGGGAGAGAAAAUUCCAAGUGGAAAGAACCACAGAGGAGGCGUUCAGGUUGAACAAAGACGAAAAGAAGCCCAUACGGAUGAUGCAUCUGAAGGCAAGGUUUCCUCUGGCCUUCAUUCCUGAUGUGCACUGUCAGAUUCUGGAGCUGCCGUACGUCGGGAAAGAUCUCAGCAUGCUGAUCAUGCUUCCGAAUGAGAUGGAGGACGACACCACUGGUCUUCAGAAGCUUGAGAAAGCACUGACCUACGAGAACUUCACGGAGUGGACCCGAUCCGACAUGAUGGAUACGCUGGAAGUUGAAGUAUCUCUGCCCAGAUUCAAGAUGGAGGAGACGUAUGACAUGAAAGGUCUACUGCUCAGCCUGGGAAUGGUGGACGCAUUCGAUUUGCAGAAGGCAGAUUUCUCAGGCAUGUCUCCCAACAAUGAUCUGGUGCUGUCUAAAGUGGUGCAUAAAUCCUUUGUGGAAGUCAACGAAGAGGGAACGGAAGCUGCCGCGGCCACGGGCGCAGUCAUGAUGAUGCGCUGUCUCCGGCGUCCUGAGCGAUUCAAUGCCGAUCACCCUUUUCUCUUCUUCAUACGACACAAUCCCACCAAGAGCGUUCUGUUCUACGGACGCUUCUGCUCUCCUUGACCCAUGUCAUCACUGCACUGUGUGUUUCCCUAUCAUCUCAUCGACCCAUUUGUUUGGAUUUGAUGGAUGUGUGCUGGAGAUAAAUGCUCUCUAUGCUUGUUUAAUGUAACAUGAUUUCAAAUAAAGAAAGUGUUAGCCCAACUGA